GUAACGACAGGAAUAAGUCAGUGAGUGACAAAUGGAACCCAUGACAAAGCCAUAUGGGGAUAGAAGAAAUCGCUUUCUUUUAGUCUAUGUUUUAUUUAGUCUAUCAUUGUUUUAAAAUUUGAAUUUAAUGUUAGAAAGGAUAUUUUAUUGUUUUGGAUAUUUUCUUUGAGAUUGUUUUUUUUAAUGGGACACCGAUCAAAUGUUUCAUUCAUUUGAUUUAACAGAUGAUUUAAUAAUUUGGUUUGAAAUAGUUGUCCUUGUCUCCACUAAGUUUUAUGCUUUGUUGGUCAAGAUGUUUGAAUGAAAGUGUGUUGUUGUAAGUAGCGGUCCUUGUUAGAGUACUCAAAUGGAUGAGUCAUUACAGUUGGUAUCAAAGCCUAAGUUCUAGCUUUUGUAGACUGACUUACGAUGUAAGUCUUGGUUUUGUGUCCCUUAUGGUUGUUCACAUACCUUUCGUCCUUGUCAGGUAUGUUUCUAGUUAAGGUGUUCAAAAUUGUAUGAGCAUGAUCUUGCCCUUUUUUAAAAGUAAUAUUGGAUUAUUUCUUGAUUGAGGAUUAAAUGAGGUCGACUGUAAAUGUUAGGAAAUGUCGUCACGUCGAAGUGCAAGAAGGGGUGGUCGUGGGGGGUAGGACUGGUGGAAGGGAUGCAUGUCACCCACUUGCUAAUAACGUUGCAAGAAAUGAGGAACAGGCACCAGUACACCCACCCUCUGAUGUAUCAGUCACCUAGGCUGAUCUUGCUGUACUGACAGUUCAGUUGGAGGAAAAAUUCAAGAGUAUAAUGGAGGAGGGUUAGCUUGACGGACACUACCUCAAGAGGCUCCUACUCCCAAGGCCUUGCUCCCCAACAGAUUAUGUAGGAUCUAUCUGUUGAGGCCAAGCAUCUAAGGGAUUUCAGGAAGUAUAAUCCCCGCACGUUUAAUGGGUCACUAAAGGACCCUACCAAGGCAGAGUUGUGGUUAUCUUCCAUUGAAACGAUUUUUCGAUAUAUGAAGUGCCUGGAUGACUAGAAAGUACAAUGUGCGGUUUUCUUGCUUACAGAUAAGUGAUAACGUUGCCAUCUGGUGGCAGUUCGCUGAAAGGAUGAUUGAUGCCGAAGUUGGAGCAAUAACCUGGGAGUAGUUUAAGAAACGGUUUUACAUAAAAUACUUCUCCGCCAGCCUAAGGAAUGUCAAAUAACAAGAGUUCUUAAAUAUGAAAUAACGUCGUAUGUUGGUUGAGGAAUAUGACCAGGAGUUUGAUAGGCGAUACUUUGCUCCUAAAACUAUUUGCCACAGAGGAUGGGAGGGCAGAAAGAUUUGUCCAGGGUCUAAAAAGUGAGAUAUGUGGUUUUGUUUGGGCCUUCAAACUGACUACUCAUGUAGAGGCACUCCGUUUGGCGAUAAAGAUAAAUUCUCAAGAUGAGGGGUAAUGCCUAAAGCCUCAAGGGCCAAGACCCUCCUUAGGAUAGAAGAGGAAAGCAGAGCAAAGAACCUCUAACCCCCACAGAAAGGUUCAAGUUCAGCUGGAUCAUUACGACAUUACCAACAACCAAUUGUGGAUUUAUGAGGGGUUUGGAGGGAUAAGCCGGUAUGCAGGUCGUGUCAGAAGUCUCAUGUGGGGCAUUAAUUGUUUGGCACGGGGAUAUGCUUUAAAUGUAAGCGAGGGGGACAUACGACAGACAGGUGCCUUGGUGUCCCUGCUAGAGGUGGUCAGAAUCAACCAACGAAUGCUUAGAAUAACGCAAACAGACAACAACAACAUGGUUGGGUCUAUGCUUCUAAUCGACAAGAGGCCGAACAGUCAAGAAUGUUAGUGACAGGUACGCUCCCAAUCUGGCGACACAUGCCUUGGUAUUAUUUGAUUUUGGGUAUUUUCAUUCGUUUAUAUCAUCUGUGUUUGUAAGGCAUGCUAUGUUAGAAGUAGAGCCUUUGAAUUAUGUUUUAUCCGUUUCUACUCCAUCUGAAGAAAUUAUCAUAACAAAUGAAAAGAUAAAAGUAUAUCAUACCCUAGAUGUGACUUUAAUAGUUAUGGAUAUGUGCGAUUUCGAUGUGAUAUUGAGCAUAGAUUGGUUGGCAAUUAACCAUGCCAGUAUAGACUAUUCUCGUAAGGAGGUGAUUUUUAAGCCUCAUGUGGAAGCUAACUUCAAGUUCAAAGGGACUGGGAUCGUGGUCUUGCCUAAAGUAAUCUCUGUUAUGAAAGCCAAGAAGUUACUUUACCAAAGUACCUGGAGUAUCUUAGCUAGUGUAGUCGACACCAAAGAAACUAAGGUUGCUUUAACAUCGAAACCAGUUGUGAGAGAAUACUUUGAUGUGUUUCUAAAGGAACUACCAGGUUUACUGCCGCCCAGGGAGAUUGAUUUUACGAUCGAGUUGGAGCUAGGCACCAUCCCUAUAUCAAAAGCUCCAUAUAGGAUGGCUCCAGCAAAUUGAAAGAACUUAAGAUCUAGUUACAAGAACUAUUUGAUAAAGGUUUCAUACGACCAAGUGUGUCUCCAUGAGAUGCGCGAGUGUUGUUUACGAAGAAUAAAGAUGACUCGCUAUGGUCUAUAUAUAGAUUACACAGAAUUAAACAAAGUGAUUAUUAAGAACAAGUAUCCUCUCCUUAAAAGUGACGAUUUGUUUGAUCAGUUAUAGGGGGCCACAAUGUUUUCUAAGAUUGAUUUACACUUAGGGUAUCAUCAACUGAGGAUUAAAGAUAGUGACAUUCCUAAGACUGUAUUUCGUUCUAGAUAUAGGCAUUACGAGUUUAUAGUAAUGUCGUUUGGUUUAAUGAAUGCUCCUACAGUAUUUAUGGAUUUGAUGAACAAAAUGUUCAAGGAGUUCCUAGACACUUUUGUUAGUCUUUAUUGAUGACAUCUUGGUCUAUUCCAAAAUGGAGGCAGAACACGAGGAACACUUAUGUAAAGUUUUAGAUACCCCGAGGUCGAACAAGUAAUAUGCUAAAUUUUCCAAAUGUGAGUUUUGGUUAAGCAGAUGGUCUUUCUAAGGCAUGUGGUGUUCAGGGAUGGAGUUUCUAUAGAUCCAACAAAGAUUAAAGCAGUUACCAGUUGGUCUCAACCUAUUAUAGUCAGUGAGGUAUACAACUUUCUGGAAUUAGCAGGAUAUUAUCGUCGAUUUGUUAAAGAUUUCUUUCACAUUGUAACUAUUCUUGACCUUCAAAGAGAAAUAAAUACAAUAAAAGAAGAAAUUUGAGAAUUUUCUUUUCUAAUGUUAUAUAUUUUUGCCACUCCUUUGACCCAGUUGACAAAAAAUGGGACCCUUUUGUUUGGAGUAAAGGAGAGUUUUUAGGACCUUAAGUAGAAACUUGUUACUACCCCAAUCUUUACAGUGCCAGAUGGAUUAGGGAGUUUUGUGAUUUACAGUGAUGCCUCGAAAAAAGAGUUGGGAUGUGUGCUUAUGCAACACGGUAAGGUGGUUGCUUAUGCCUCCCGCCAGUUGAAGAAUCGUGAACGAAACUAUCCUACUCAUGACUUAGAAUUGACAGCAAUGGUUUUUGCCUUGAAGAUUUAGAGACACUACUUGUAUAAGGAGAAGAUACAGAUUUUUACGGACCACAAGAGCUUGAAAUACUUCUUCACCCAGAAGGAAUUAAACAUAAGACAACGCAAAUGACUAGAGUUGGUGAAAGACUAUGACUGUGAAAUCUUGUAUUAUCUCGGUAAGAUGAACGUAGUAGCAAAUGCUCUCAAUAGAAAGACAACUCAUUCAGCAACUUUGAUUAUCAGAUAGACACAUUUACACGAUGAUUUUGAGCGAGCUGAGGAUUAUUGAAGCACAACAGGGUGAUCCUUACCUUGUUGAGAGAUUUAGUCAGAUGGAGUUAGGCUAGGAUAGUACGUUCUCGGUAUCCCUGGAUCAUAGUCUCUUUUACCAAGGACGCUUAUGUGUACCUGCUGACAAUGACCUUAAGAAUGAGAUAUUGACAGAAGCCUAUAGUUCCCCUUUUCGAUACAUCUUGGCACCACUAAGAUAUAUCAGGACCUAAAACGAUGUUAUUGGUGGUAUGACAUGAAAAUGGAAAUAGAUGAGUUUGUCAGUAAGUAUUUGGUGUGCCAAUAGGUAAAAGCCCCGAGACAGAAGCUAGUAGGCUUGUUGGAACCCCUAAGAGUACUAGAAUGGAAGUGGGAGAAUGUGUCUAUGGAUUUUAUCGUGGGUUUGUCAAUGAUAGCAAAAGUUUAUACAGUGAUAUGGGUUAUAGUGGACAGACUCACUAAGCUAGUGUAUUUCAUCCCAGGAAAGUCUACGUAUUCGGUGAACAAGUGGGCGCAGUUGUAUAUGAAAGAGGUGGUGAGAUUACACGGGAUGCCAUUGUCUAUCGUGUCUAACAGGGAUCCUCGCUUUACAUCCAAUUUUUAGAAGAGUCUCUAGUCAACAUUGGGUACUCCGUUGGAUUUCAGUACGGUUUUUCACCCACAAUCUGAUGGUCAAACUAAGCGUUUGAACCUAACCUUAAAGGACAUUUUACGUGCAUGCGUAUUGGAGUUUCCUGGAAGUUGGGAUUCUCACUUGCACUUGAUGGAGCUCGCUUACAAUAACAACUAUCAAGCUACUAUUGGCAUGGCGCCAUUUGAGGAUCUGUAUGAGAGGGCUUGCAGGUCUUUUGUUUAUUAGGACGAGGUCGAUCAACAAAAGUUGUUGGGAUCGGAGCUGGUGCAAACCACCAAUGAAGUGAUGCAGAAGAUUAUCGAUCGAAUGUUGAUAGCUCAAAGCAGACUGAAGAGUUAUGUUGAUGUUAGACGUAAGGACCUGGAGUUUAAGGUAGGAAAUAAAGUAUUUUUUAAGUGGCACCUAUGAAGGGGGUGUUGAGGUUCAACAGGAAGGGAAGGUUAAGCACUCGUUUUAUUGGACCAUUUGAAAUCUUGGAACGGAUUGGCCUGAUAGCUUAUCGGUUAGCCUUGUCACCAUCUCUUUAUGCUGUCCAUAAUGUUUUUCAUGUGUCCAUGUUAAGGAAGUACAUAGCAGACUUGUCUCAUAUUAUUCACUAUGAGCUUUUGUAACUGAACAAGAACCUGAGUUAUGAAGAGAAACCCAUUCAAAUCUUGGCCAAGGAAGUGAAAGUGUUGCAACAAGGAGAUAACAUUGGUAAAAGUUCUAUGACAGAAUCAUCAGUUCGAAGAAGCAAUGUGGGAACGAGAGGACUAGAUGAGAUCACGAUAUCCCGAGCUCUUUUAGGAUUAAACUUUCGAGGACGAAAGUUUCUUAAGGGGGAAAAAUGUAACACUCUUAUUUAGCAUGUAAAUUGUCAUUAAUUUAUUUUGCAUAGUUUGGAUAGAUUGGAAUUCGAGAUUUAAGUAAUUUGCUAAAUUUGCUCUAAUUUAAUUCUUUUGAGUUAAUUGGAGUUACAUUUGGUGGUUAAAAUUGGAUUAUUGAAAUAAAGUGAUUCAAUUUUUUUUUUUAAGUGAUUGAUUUAAAAUUAUAUUGGAGGGAAAUUUUGGGAAAAAUUUGAGGUAUUGGGUUUAAUUUAAUUAGGCCUAAUUAGUUAAGGAUUUUAAGUUAUUUUGGAAUAAGAUUAUUUAUUGAGGAUAUCUUUUAUUUUGAACUUGGAAUUUAAAGAUGGAAAUAUGGAUAUUUUGGAAUUGAAAAAGGAAAGGAAUUUGGAAAGAAAAGAGGGGAAAAAAAUAAUAAUAAAGGGGAGGAGAUUUUGGAUGAAAGAAGGAAAGGGGAAAAAAUUGUUAUAUUUAUAUUUAAAAGAGAGAUUAAAAAAAAAGGAAAAUAUUUUUUUUUCUCUCCUCCCUUGUUGCACGUGUUGCAAUUCCCCUCUAAGACUUCUCUCGUUCCGCUCAAGAAACCCAUGUCGCCGCACGAUCCGAGCCACCGGUUUCUCUCCCUCUCUUCUCUGUUUGGCAUAGGGAUCCGAUGAAGCCGUCGGUCACAGACACCUCGUGUCGCCCUCCAUUCGUGAACCAGUCGUGCUGCUCUCUGUUCGCAAUCAACCAGCCACACGUCACUGUCUCCUCAGCAUCGCCGCGUGGGUUUGCCAUCGCGCGGGAUCAGUGCUCUCUAAACUCUGUUUUGGAUUCAAGAUUGGAUGAGUGUCGAAGCAAUUAUUCAGUAGCUAUCGAGGUGAUUGCAACAAGUUCGGAUUCUAUUGCUGGAGUUUUUGAAGCGUUAUCCGGUGGGAGUAAAGGUCAUUUGGUAACAACAGUAAUAGGUCGGCGAGUGACAAAUGGAACCUGUGAUAAAGCCCAUAUGGAGACAGAAGAAAUUACUUCUGCUUAGUCUAUGAUUGUUUUGGAAUUUGAAUUUAAUGUUAGAAAGGAUAUUUUCGUCGAAAUUGUUUUUGUAGGGGAACUCCAUUGGAUUUACUCGAUGAUUUAUUAAUUUAUUUUGAAAUAGUUGUCCUUGUCUCCACUAAAUUUUAUGCUUUAUUGGUGACUAUGUUUGAACGAAAAUGUAUUGUUAUAAGUAAUGGUCCUUGUUAGAGUACUCGAAUGAUUGGGUCGUUAGAAAUUCUACUAUGUUUUUUUAUAUUUGGAUA